AUGGCAACGAACUCAGCCCCAGACAUCGAUAUGGUCAUUGAAGAAACAAGAACGACCCCGUUUACAAACAUAAUCGCCAUCGUAAGACUACAUCACGUGGAAAAAUUAAAAUUCCCAGAGUACGCUGGAAGCACAGACCCAAAAGCCCAUGUGCGAUCCUUUCGCCUAGCAAUAUCGAGAGCGCACCUCACCGACGACGAAAAAGAAGCUGGGUACUGCCGUUUCUUCGCCGAAAAUCUCACUGGAGCCGCACUAGAAUGGUUUGCCGGACUAGAAGAAAAUUCUAUAGACAACUUCACCCAGUUGGUGUCAACAUUCCUGAAACAAUACUCAGUCUUCAUAGAGACCAAAUUUAAGGAAGAACUGGCAGUUCGAACACCUGUAUCACUGGACGACGCCUUACACAGAGCCUCGUACUUCGCCACCCACGAAGAGGAGGUCGCAGCAUUAAAGGAACAAUACAGUGUGAACAAGAAUAAUGCGUCUAAAAAGCCGCCUACCUCCAAAGAACCAACCACCAAGGGACAACACUCCUACCCAAUAAAUAACUCGCCGCAGAAAUCAUCAACAUACGACCUCAGCAAAUACUGCGCCUUCCCCGAUCGUAAAGGCCAGUCAACCGAGGAAUGCCGAGCAGCACUUCGCAAUCAAAACAAAAAUAAGAAAACUAACGAAGAAGCAGGAGAAGAAGAGGAACCAGUAACUCCGAAAUCGAACCGAAAAACCAAGGUCCCAACGAACAAAAGGGGUAGGGAGAUCGAGCAGGAAUCACCAAGCUCUCCACCUCCGGCUCCGAAGAAAAGAGUCGGCAUGAUUUUAUGGGGGCAGAACAGCAAAGCAACUGACGAAAUCAAGAGCCAAACCGAAGGAAAAAUCUGUUUCGAGAUCACGGUAGCAAUCCGCACACUAGAAAAAACCGACGAGGACAACACUCCUCCCCAGGUCAUGAAGUACAACUAA